UCCGAGGCGAGAGGCGAGCUGUGGCCGAUCCCUGCGCUUCUUCUCCCCGCUGCUGCAUCACUGUCUGACGGAGCCGCACGCCACACGGACCCGCUUGAAGCUUGUAGCUGAGGUUUGAAGCUUGUGUGUAUUCCACGGGGUGUCAGCUCGUCAGUAUGACCGCCCUGUCGCUGCUGCUGCUGCUGGCCGUGUCGGCCGCGUCGGUCCAGGCCGAGUCCACUGUGCAUCUCCGGGAGCAAUUUGAAGAUGGAGAUUCUUGGACGAGUCGCUGGGUGGAAUCCAAGCACAAGACAGACUACGGCGCGUUUGUCCUGACGGCAGGGAAGUUCUAUGGAGAUGCAGAGAAGGAUAAAGGUCUGCAGACGAGUGAGGACGCCCGCUUCUACGCCGUGUCAACCCGUUUUGAUGACUUCAGCAACACGGGCCAGUCUCUGGUCAUCCAGUUCACGGUUAAACAUGAGCAGAGCAUUGACUGUGGUGGAGGCUACAUUAAACUGUUCCCCUCCUCCCUCAGCCAGGAGGCCAUGCAUGGGGACUCUGUCUACAACAUCAUGUUUGGUCCUGAUAUUUGUGGCCCUGGCACAAAGAAGGUUCAUGUUAUCUUCAACUACCAAGGCAAGAACCAUUUGAUCAACAAGGACAUCAGAUGCAAGGAUGAUGAGUACAGCCACUUGUACACGUUGAUCGUCAACCCUGACAACACCUACGAAGUCAAAAUCGACAAUAAGAAGGUUGAAUCUGGCAAUCUGGAGGAAGAUUGGGACUUCCUGCCCCCCAAAAAAGUUAAGGACCCAGAGGCCAAAAAGCCAGAGGACUGGGACGACAGGGAGCAGAUUCCCGACCCUGAUGAUAAGAAAACAGAGGACUGGGACCAACCUGAGAACAUCCCUGAUCCUGAUGCAAAGAAGCCCGAUGACUGGGACGAAGAGAUGGAUGGAGAAUGGGAGCCACCUAUGGUCACUAACCCUGAUUAUAAGGGAGAGUGGAAGCCCAGAGAAAUCAGCAACCCUGCCUACAAGGGCAAGUGGAUCCAUCCUGAGAUUGACAACCCCGAGUACACAGCCGAUUCUGAGAUCUAUAAAUAUGACAGCAUUGGUGUGAUUGGACUGGACUUGUGGCAGGUCAAGUCUGGUACAAUCUUCGACAACUUCCUGAUCACCAAUGACCCAAACCUGGCAGAGGAAGUCGGCAACGACACAUGGGGAAAAACAAAGGAUGCAGAGAAGAAGAUGAAGGAAAGCCAAGAGGAGGACGACAGAAAGAACCGGGAGGAGGACGAAAUGAAGAAGACAGAAGAGGCAAAGGAAGAGGAGGACGAGGAAGAAGAGAAAGAUGAGGAUGAAGAGGAGGAGGAGGAAGAAGAGGAGGAGGGGGAAGAGCAGGAGGAAGAGGAGGAGGAGGAGGAUGAUGGCACAGACUCUAAACUCAAGGAUGAGUUAUAAACUGCUGAGAAAAGAACCUGACAGUGUGAGUCAGUAAGCCAAUCAGAACACGGCUGGUGACUGAGAUGAUCGACCCUCGUGACUGAUACCGUGGGAUGGGGUAGGGUGGGGUGGGAUGGGGUUUCUCAAUUGUUUGUUUACAAAGCAAGGGAAUGUGUGAAAACGACAGUUCUGUUCCCUGUUUCCUUGUGCUACUACUAUUAUUAUUGUUAUUAAAUGAGGAAUAGUAAUAGAAAAGAAUGAAGAUGUCUGUCAGGACCGGGAAUUUGUUUCACAGCAGAAACAUGUAAAUUGUCAUUUGGCAAAAAUUUGGGUUUUAAUGAAGUUUAAUGUUGUGGUGAUAUGAAAAGCUAUAUUUGCUAUAUGGAUGGUACCAUGUACAUGUUUUGUUUACCUCAUGUGUUUUGUCUCAUUAAUCUGUGUCACUUGUUUUUGUUAAUCUUUUGUCGUCAGGCCUGUUCGUCUGACUCUUCCUUUAUGUAGAUCUCAAAGGAGUCAACAGGGUUAGACGUCAUGGUGCAGGUUAUUCAGUCUGUGCUUAUUUAAACCUUACUGAUUCAAACAAGGACGAGGAAGAAUGCAUAAUAACCAACACCAGAUGUUUGACGACUUUUCCAAGAUAUACUUCUUCAUAGGAUGGUAACAUGGGGUGCUUCAUGAUAAAAUCCCUUACAUUUUUUUGUUCUGUAUAUUAACACUAUUCUCACUUCAGUGCACAUACUGUGAUAAUGUUUAAAUCAACUAUUCUUAAACUCUGAUGUAAAGUAAGAGCAUUCCAGUAGCAGCAAAGCUUCCGCUCACUUGGUACACACUCUCUAGGUUUACUCUUUGUUGUUGCACACAACCUGGUUACUCAUUUCUGAUGUCUAUAUCUCUGCACUGCUGUUCCCCAACUCUCUCACACACACACUGUCUCAAACAGUCUGAGAAAUUAUCCUUUUGUAUAGAUUUUGUACUAAUGGUAGUAACUGAAGUGGGAAGGUUUUCAUGUUGCUGUGUAAAAAACUAAAAUGAUAGGAAGGUGAACUGUCCAAUAAAAACAACUGGAAGAAAAUGA